AUGGGGCCAAUUUUCGAACACGGUUCUCCUCCAAUAGGGCCUUCGGAUGUCUUGGAUGACAAAACGGAGAUGCCCUCUGGCAACGAACAUCCUUCUUCUCCCGACACCGAAAAAGCAUCACGAACCCUUUUCCCAACAGACGAUCAAGUCCCCUUCGAUGGCGAGAUUACUUAUCCUGAGGGUGGGCGUGAUGCCUGGCUAGUGGUGUUUGGUGCAUGGUGUGGAUUGACCUCAUCGCUGGGCAUUUACAAUACAUCUGGGGUUUUCGAAGUCGUUAUCUCAAGAGUACUUUUACCGGAUGUUUCUUCAUCUAGUCUUGGCUGGAUCUUCUCGGUCUACGCCUUUGUUAAUUGGGUCUGUGGGGUGCAAGUUGGUCCGACGUUUGAUGCAAUGGGUCCUCGCGUACUGAUACUUGCCGGAUCGGUUUGCACUCUGAUCGGCAUUUUCACGCUCAGUGUAUCUACAGAAUACUAUCAGAUCUUUCUUUCCUUCUCGAUAAUGACUGGGAUCGGUUCAUCCCUGCUCCUUACACCAUCAAUGGGAUGCGUCGCCCAUUGGUUCAUGAAACGUCGCGGCCUCGCCAGUGGGAUAGCCUUUAUUGGAGGUGGUUUCGGCGGCGUCCUAUUCCCCCUGAUGAUACAAGCACUUCUCCCUAAAGUUGGCUGGGGUUGGUCAAUACGUAUACUGGGAUUCGUGUUACUUGCGCUCUGUGCUAUCAGCGUGGCAUUUUGCCGAAGCAGAGUCCCCCCUCGGAAAGGAGCAGAAACGACCUGGCGAGAUACAUUGCCGGACCCAAAAAUAUUUUUCGACGGAACUGGAGCAAUGGCAGUCACAACAGCUGGUGUCCUUUUGACGGAUCUGGCGUAUUUCAUUCCUAUCACCUACACGCCAAUCUACUACAUCGAUCGACAGCAUCUUUCUCAAGAUGAGGCCCUGACGGGGUCGUCGGCGUUCGCAUACCAGCUUCUCGCAAUCCUUAAUGCUGCUUCAUGCGUGGGCCGGUAUGUGGCCGGUGAUAUGGCUGAUCGAUUCGGCCGAUACAAUACGAUGAUUGUUUCUUUAUUCUUUUGCACGGUAUCAGUUCUAUGUUUCUGGUUGCCAGACAUAGUCGUACCAAGUCUGGAUAACUACGCACUCCUCAUCGUGUUUAUUCUACUGUUUGGGUUUUGCAGUGGCUCCAAUGUUAGCUUGACACCAAUCUGCCUUGGCCAGCUUUGCGAAACUCAGGAAUAUGGGCGGUACUACGCGACCUGUUUCACCGCAGUAUCUUUUGGGGUACUAGUAAGUAUACCGAUCGCAGGAGGCCUUCUUAGUGCGGUAGAGGCCAAAGGAAAAGAAAAGUAUUGGGGCGUGGCUCUUUUUGCUGGACUGAGCUAUGUGGCCGCGUUUCUAUCUUUUCUAUGGGUCAGGAUCAAAGUCAAAGGAUGGGAUUGGAGGACUAAGUGGUAG